CGACUCUCUGCCGGCAGCCGACGUCUUGCUGUGACUCCUCUGCUUCGUUCGCCUCCAACUCAAACCUCACCAUGGUGUCUAUGGGACGACAGAUGCUGGGCUUGGUCCUCGCCAUCAUCGGCUUCCUCGGGGUCAUCAUCGUGUGCGCCUUGCCCAUGUGGAAGGUGACGGCCUUCAUCGGGGCCAACAUCGUGACGGCGCAGAUCAUCUGGGAAGGCCUGUGGAUGAACUGUGUGAUGCAGAGCACGGGCCAGAUGCAGUGCAAGAUCUACGACUCCCUGCUGGCGCUGCCCCAGGACCUCCAGGCUGCCAGGGCCCUCAUAAUCAUCGCCAUCAUCGUCUCCGCCAUGGGAAUCAUCCUGGGGAUCGCCGGAGGAAAGUGCACCAACUUUGUGGAGGAACCACGGGCCAAAGCUCGAGUGGCCAUUGCUGCUGGAGUCAUGUUCAUCUGCGCCGGCAUUCUUACGCUCAUCCCCGUGUGCUGGUCCGCCAACACCAUCGUCAGAGAUUUCUACAACCCCGUCAUGACCGACGCCCAGAGGAGAGAGCUGGGGGCUGCCCUGUACAUCGGCUGGGGCACGGCGGCGGUCCUCCUGCUGGGGGGCGCCCUCUUGUGCAGCUCCUGCCCUCCAAAGGACGACGUCCCAGAGUAUCCGGUCAGGUACAGCCCCGCCAAGUCUGCAGCCACCAGCCGGGCCUACGUCUGAGCGUUCUGCUGUGAGGGACCGUGUAUCCAUAUUUUUAUAGCUUCGAUUGGACUUUGCGACCGCACCACGGUCGUGGGACAGCCGCACCAAGAGACGGACAAAGACUGAGUCCUUCAACAAUGAGACUAAAAAUGAUGCGAUGAAAAGUCUUCCAGUAUUCGUGUUCACUGCAGACAAGGAGAACAGAUUUAUGUUCAGGUUGUUCGGCCUCAUUGUUCCCUGAAUCAAAACCGUCUGAGUCGCACCAGGAGGUCGUUAACGGCACAAAAAGCUCUGACGGAAACUGGAACGUGUCAAUGAUUAAACUUGUGAUUGUAAGAUCGUACACAUAUCUUUGCUUCAUAGCAGUAUCAAAUACCUGUUUCUUAUUAAU